AUGCAUGCUUUUCAAAAAGCUUGCAUUGCAUCGGCAGGUCAAUGCACUACCGAUGCACUGUAUCGUCGAUGCAAUAAAGCCUAUAUCAAGGCCGAUACCACUAAAAAUGCAUCGCAUCGGCGGACCGAUGCAUGCAAUGUGAUAAAUCCGCCGACUACAACCGCACACGCCUUGAACCCUAACUCGGCUUCGAACCCUGACAACGCAAAUAUUAGCCUUGCCAAACCUCCAUGCUUCGUCCGCCGCUCCAACCCUGACAUCGGUUACAUUGCCCCCGCAACGUUCAUAUACUUAUACGUCGUCGUCAGAGAGUUUCGAUCAAUCGAGGCGCUCUUAUCUUCGCCCCGUCAAGUACGCCCGUUCAAAUUACCCUGCGCCUCGGCGCGCUCGAGCAAUCCAUCAAAGGGGCUGGCACUCAGCAACAAUCAAAGGCAACCCUGA